UUUCAACGAAUUGCGAAAUGUGAUGCAAUAUAGAGACAAACGAAGAGAAGCGCUUCCCCACGCGUUCUCGCGAUUCUUUCAUUCUGGUUGCAAUGUUCUCGAUUCGCACUACAUACAUCCGUUGGACUUUGGUGGCAUCGGAUCGCCCUAAAGGCGUCACUCGAUUCGUAGUUUCCGUGAACGACAACCACUAACACAGCUCUCUGGUAGUCGAACUGGCAUCUAUUUUUGUUUCGAACCGCUAGUGAGACUGGUCAGUCGUAAUAGAUUAGUAGCGUGAAGAUAGUUGCAUGCCUUUUUGCAUCGGCUAUGGUGUCCAUUCAGCUGACCGUCGAGGAGCGUGAAGCGAAAGAGUACUGGACAGCGCUAUUCAUGGCUCUCGACACGCCGGGCGAUGAGGGCACGGCAGCGGAUCUGGAAGCCGAGCUGCCACCCUGGUACGAUGAGGCCAAGUUUAAGCGUGGCCAAAGGUUCUACAAGGACAACCGCUUUGGCAUCCUACAGGCAACGUUCUGCAGUCUGCUGGUACUGCUGGCCGAUCCGAAAGGUUUGCGCAUACUUGAGCACACCGGCAAGUCGAACACGAUGGAGACGGCCCGUAAACGCUACGUGUCCACCUUGAAACACGUGAGCGAUUGGUACGAGUGUGAUCUGGAACCUGGAUCAAGAUCCUGGAAAUCUUUACAACAAGUACGUCGAAUGCAUCUGAGUGCAUCACGCAGUGCCACCAAACGGCAGCUCGGGUUCAUUAGUCAGCCCGAAAUGGCACUGACAACGUUCGGAUUCAUGGGCUUUCCACUGGUGCGACCGCACUUGCUCGGCAUCCGGUAUGAUAACCGUGAGGAUCUCGAGGCGUUCGUACAUCUGUGGGCGGUGAUCGGGUUUAUGCUGGGUGUGCACGAUCACUGCAACAUGUGCCUGUUCCGUCUGGAGGUAGUGGACCAGAUCUGCCGGAUGGCGAUCCGGUAUGUGUUUAUGCCAUCGCUGCAACUCGAGACAACACUGUUUAAACAAAUGGUGGGAGCCAUUACCGAUGCCUACACCGGCUACAUGCCGUUCAUGUCGUACGAGAGCGUCCUGUUUCUGACACGACGUUUGGUCGGUGUUCCUGGCUAUCAAUACGCGCUCGACCGGAAAAAGGAGACCAUCUGUCGGUCAGUACUAACGAAGGCGGAAAUAGAAACGAUUGUCGCGCAUAUGGCACCGAAGGACUGCUAUAGGCCGGUUAUGGCGAUGUAUCGAGCCAUUUUCUGUGAGCAGAUUCGUCUUUUCAAAGUCAAAGAAGUGUCAAACGGUCGGAAGGAAAUGAACGAAAACUACAUGUUGCCGGUCGAGGACUUAUGCGGUACCUACACCAAGCUUAACAAUAACGAAAAUGAUUGCAAUGGAAAUUUGAACGGAUGCGAAGCGGAUAUUAGAGAGCUACUUGGCUUAAAGCACAACCAGGAGCUAAUUGUGACGCACGUAGACAACGAAGACGAGUGGGACACGUACCUGAAUGAUAGCCAACUGAAGCAACUGUCGCUCGGUGGACAACACAACGUAAAGUUUACCAUCCAGACGCUGAACAUGUGCUACAACACCAUCGGUCGGUAUGUGAACGAAGCCGCACUGUCUCUCAUUCUGUAUCGUUUGAAAAAGCUUUACCCCUCUUGAGCAAUGAUCGCCGUCACGCUCUCGUACGUAUAUUUUCUAUUUGUGAUAGAGAUUUCCUCGUUUAACGAAAAGCAAUAAUCCUACCUGGAUACACCAGUGAAAAACGAGUAGAAAAGAGCUUAGAAUACUAGCAAUAGAUAUUAAUUAAUAGAUGCUAAAGCAAAUUCUUUUAAUGAUUUAAAAAUAUAAAUGGGUAAAC